AACCAGUUGCAGAAGUAAAUCAGUUAACACACAGCGAACGAAGCGUCAAGUACAACUUUAGAGGCGCUACAAGGAGACCUGAGGAUAUUUAUAUAAAUAAUAAACAGGAUGCCAUACUACGAAGAGGAGCGUCACCAUCACCAUCACCACCAUCAUGGUCGUCCCAUUGUGGAGGUGGAUGUUGCACCAAUCCGUUUGCCACGUCCCUGUAUCGAAGUGGAGGUUGGUCCUCGCUACCCUGCGUACCGGCCACCAGUUGUUGAGGUAAUACAACCAGCUGCUGUCUACCAACCACCACAAGUCGUCGAAGUGGAGGUGGUGCGACCCAGUCGACCUCUCAUUGAGUUUAACCUCGGCGGCCGACGCUGGUGAAAAACCGUAUAAAUGAAGAGAAACAUCUGGGCGUGGCACUCAAUUGAAAAGCCAUUUCAUAUGUUCAUUUAAUAAGCUAAAAACAAUAACUACAACUACAACAAAAAAAAAAACGUAUUUAUUUUUAAUUGAAAUAACAUUAUAUAAUAUUGGCUGAAAAACAGAAAAGAAAAAUGCAUUAAAUAUUUAUUUGUCAUUUGUCAGUAGUAUAAAUAUGAAAUGAAUUCCUCUGUCAACUAUUUUAUAUAUCAGUCCAUUGUUUUUAAUUUUCUUUUUUCUAUGAAGCUUUUAACUAAUCGAAAUUAUCAUUAAAAUACAUUUACGGCAUCAGCUUGUAGCAUAUGAUUUUA